AAUAGUAAGUUAGUAAAGGGAUUUUAAUUUGAUUAAAUAACUUUUAUUGAUGAGCAGAACGUACUCUCCUACUAGAAGUAGGGCUGAGAAAAUAGUUGGUUAGUUGAAUGAACUUCAUUUGGGAAGGAAGGAUUAAGUAUGGAGUAGUGAUUGAUUUUGAUAGACUUAAAGAAUAAAGGAGGCAGAGGAGAGAGUAGAAAUAAUGGAAACAGCAAUAAAGGACUUGAGAGAAACUUUGGAGGGGAAGGUGGCAAAGAUUAAGGAAGGAUUGGAAUAUGUUCAUUCAGUGUUGAAGGAGUAAGAACAAAAAUAGGAGGAUGAAAAACAGAUGAUUGAGGAUAUGAAGAAGGCAGAGGAGAGUGUCAAUCAGUAGUUAGAAGAACUUAGUAAGUUAAGGGAGGAGAGUUAAUAGAAAUUCAAUGAGCAAGUAGAAUAGGACAUUUAAGAGUUGCGAGAGCAGGUAAACUUUGAGAAGCAUGAGAGAAAUGAGUAGAUCAAGGAGAUCAAUGGUUGUUUGGAGGUAUGGUUGUGAAUAUGGUAGAGGGUAGAGCGAUUUGCCAUAGUUAUAGGAGAUGUUGCAAACAAACAUAAAGGAGAGAGAGGAGAUGGACAGAAACAUUAGUGGGAAGUUGCAUGAUGAAUUGCAGAGGUUGUCACAGUUAAUCCAUGCGGAAAGGAUCAGUAGGCAGUAGAGUGAGCAGAAUUUGUUUGAGAUGUUGAAGGAUGUUGUGAAUCGGAUAAAGAGGGAAAUCGACGAGGAGAAGAGAGCAAGGGAAGGUACUGAAAACGAUGUUCUGGGUGUGUUGGAGGAAACUCUCAAUAAAAUCUUAGCAGCGCAGGAACAUUGA